AUGCCGGCUGCAGCCUUCACUCGCCAGGAGCGGCAGCGGCAGCUUGAAGGCGCUACCCAUGCUUCCGCGUCGGGUUCCUCGAGCUCGAAACACGCACAGCGCCGUCGCCUUCAGGAGGCUCGCCCAGGGCGCAAUCCGGCGCAGGAUGCUCAGACCGUACAGCGCAGCCUUGAAGAGGCCGCCGAGCUUGAACGUGAAUUUGAACGUGAAUUGAGCGCCUCGCCCGCCUCCCUGCCCCGUCUCGCCAGCCUGCACCCCGAGGGAUCCAGCAGCGCUGCUGAUAGUGAAAGCAGUUCCCAACCCCUCUCCAGAGUCUGGUCCACCACCGAUGCUCAACCCGCAGAGCAAAUGGACCCCGAAUCGCCGGCUGCAGCCACAUCUGCCGCCAUUUCACAUGCCUCCCCUGCGCACAACGCCCACAAGCUUCAGCUCGGGUUUGUCGAGAUUCCCCUUCAAACCAUUCGUACGUCUCUGCUCCCACCCCUUCCCAACGCGAAUGAUCCCAUCGCCCUUGCGCGCCUCGCUCACCUCCUGUUGCUUGUUGGCAUCGUCAUCACCGCCAUCACCGCCAUCAUGAUUGUUGUCCUGCAGAGUUCCUCGAGCUCGUGGGUGGCGGCCGCUUUGGCUCGGUGUACCGCGCAUUUUGGGAUGGUCGCGAAGUCGCCGUCAAAAAAACCGUCUGCUUUGAUCGCGAGGUGCCACCCAAAACCCAAGUCCUCACAUCGAUCGCCCCCGCCCUCUCCCAUCAUGCCUCUGUGCCAACCAACAUCAACCUUUUGCAACCAACGCUCAGAGGUCGAGUUUAUGGAGUGCGAGCAAAUGAUCACGUGGGCCUCGGACAUUGCAGCCGGCAUGCGUUACCUGCAUCACGAAGCCCCUGUGCGCAUCAUCCAUCGUGAUCUCAAAAGCCUCAAUGUCCUCGUCACCGACGACUACACACUCAAAAUCUGCGACUUUGGCAGCUCUCGUCAAGUCAGCCGUGACACCAAGAGUGUCACCUCUGCUGGCACCGUGUCUUGGAUCAUGUGGCUCGUGGCCAAGCACGGCAUGCGACUACACAUUCCCGAUUCGGCGCCGCAAAGAUACGCACAACUCAUCCGUUCGUGCUUGGCGCAAGACCCUGACAAGCGCCCGGCCUUUACAACAAUUGUCAAGGAGCUUGAAUCCAUGCGGCAUGACGGUAGGAACUACCAACCCCCACCCCUUGCGCACCCGUUUGCUGGCCAGGCGCUCAAACAACCAACUUGCUUGCAUCAGAGGAGCUCGCGCAGCAAACCACCAUCUUUAUGCAUCAACGUGAACUAUGGGUUAAUGAACUGGACAAGAUCACCUCUGCGCUCGCCCUUUGUGCACCAUGUACCAGCCCUGCAGUGGUCCGUGGAUGACGUGGCCAACUGGAUCUCAGUUUUGCCAGACGGCCUCAGCCGCUACAAGCCGGUCUUUGAGGAGAACCACAUUGACGGACGCAUGCUGCUCAACCUGACGUCGGAUAUGCUGAAGACUGAACUUGAUAUCAAGAGCUUUGGUCACCGCCGGGCACUCCUAGAGCAAAUUCAGUCCAUUCAGCUCUCUACGGUUGUUGUGAAGCUGUCGCUCAUCUAUGAGCAUGAUCUGCGACGCGAAUCAUGGCAAUGCGUCAUUGCCCACGAACUCGGGACGGCAAAUUUCAUUCAUCAGAUUUGUCACACGCCUCCCUUCAAGUACCGGGGCGUGACCAACCCCCAAGCAGACGCCCAGUUGCUCUUGCACAUUUACUUCAAGGCCAACUUAUUUGGGCGCAAAUCGGUCAAACGACGACUCAAUAUCAACGGCAACCCGCUGCGCGAUACCAUUGUUGUGCGCCUGACGCCGCGCCCCGGUGCCUACCCUGAGGUCAUGCGCCUUUUGGGUGCCAACUACUCUGGGCUUUCACCCUUUACUCCAUCGCAGUCUGGACCCGAAGGCGGCUUUGAUUUUGCCCGGCAAAUAAGUAUUGGAUCCCAAGCGCACUCUGACACCAGCGUCGAAUCGGUGCCCCUCACAGAUGGGGAGCUGCGUGCCGCCACAGCCGCGGCCGUGCAAAUUGGCCUGAUUGGUCCAGGUAACGGAAGUCACAAGCCCCAGUUGCAAACUGGUCCAAGCAGCCCAGGCGCGCAUCAUGGUACCCCAGGUCGAGGUGUACAGCAGCAGCAGCAGCAGCAGCAGCAGGCCCAAGCACCAACACGCCCAGAUCGAGCCGACUCAAUCACCAGCACAUCCUCUGGUGGUGGCAGUGCUAGUCAUCCCAGCAACAACAACAGCGGCAGCAACGGCAGCGGUCUAGCUUCAGGAAUAACGGUGUCCCCGACCACAGCGGCCACAGGGUCUUCAACAUCAACAAACAUAACACCAAGUGGGCAUACCACGCGCAAGUCACACCGGCGCAAACGCGUGCCUUUGGACCUGCACCAGACCUCGCACCCAUCCUUUGUGCAACGGAAUGUGAAUAACGCCUGGCAAACGGGCAUCAACCCUCUCACCCGCCUGCCCUCUGGCUUGCCGCGUGGUACGGCCGUGGUACAACAUCAACGAGACUCGGCACCCGGCAUUGUCAACAGAGCCCAGCAUCGACCCUCGAGUGAGGAGCUGGAGGGCUGGUCUUUAAGUGCAGGUGGGCAUGCCACGCUUACCCCGAGUCGCAGCACGCACUUGGCCGGCAUGGACUACAGCGUUUCACGGCUGAGCCAAUCGCCGUUCAACAAACUCGAUGCGAACAAGGGCCGGGGGCGGGCACCGGCCAGCGACAAGACCAAAGUUAAGGGCCAGGCUCGCUCCCUGCGUCACCAACAAGAAGCAGCGUUAGAAGACAGAAUCAAGAUGACGGGGGUGCAGGAGGUGGUGGUGGCGGCACAGGAGACGGCAUCGUCGGUAGAUUCCGGGUCCGGGGAUGAACAUACACCGGUGGAAGAGGCGCCGUUGAGUGCCACUCAGCAGCAACUGGGCCUUCUUGCGCAAGGAUUACGGGCUGCCGUGGCGCAAAGUCUGGUCUUGGCCGAUGGCGCCGCCAAUCAGCGGGAACAUGCGCUCGACGCGCUGAUGGCCCGUUUGUACGAUGAAGCCACCAUUGAAGACUUAGCCAAUGCGUUGGCGCAGGGUCGAGCCGCUUUCCAGCCCCAAUGGACUGAUUUGGUGGCCCCGCUGGUCAUGCACUUUGAUGCUGCCGCUGUGUCGUUGCUGCUGCGGCUGCUGCAUGAUGGCUACGUCCAGCAGCUUCCGCUCCUAACAGCCUACCUCAGGACACCACAACGCCUAGCCACAACGCCCGCCCGUUGCCUGAUUGAGACGGUGCAACCAGCCCCCCUGAUGACAGCCAUGACUCAACAGGCACACGAUGAAGCAAAGGCCCGCGUUCUCGAAGCAGAGGCAGCUGCCCUUCGAGCAGCACACGCCCGGGAAGCAGAGCUCGCUCGCAAACGGGAGCAGAGAGAAAGCAUUGCAAAUUUUAUCGAGGCCGCCGAUCUGGACGACGCUGCGGCCGUGGACAGCAUCGUGGCCCAUACGCUGGAAAAACUUAAUGUUCGACGUCUAAUCUCGGCGGCUUCGGUGGCAGAUGCACCACCCUCAUAA